UGUAUAUUCAUGUGAUUGGGAAUGUGUGUAAAUUUAAAAGUUGUGCUUUAUUAAUAAUUAUGGUAUUUCAACAAAUGAUAGCUGUCAAUACAACAGUAUCAACAACAACGGAAGGACUAUUUGAUGAUAUACAAAGUUUAGUGAAUAGUGUUGCCAAUAGUAAUUUAGGAUAUAAUAUAAAUGAUAUUAAUGAUUUAUAUAUGGAUGAUGAUAAUUCCACUGUAUACGUAGCAUAUGGACAUAAUCCAUUUGGGCCAUCACAAGUUUAUCGUAAUACAACUAACCGAAGUAUAUUGCCAUCACAUCAAAAUGCAGUAAGCACCACAAAACAUACAAAUAUUUACCCUCAAAGUCUACAGCAACAUCUUGAUAAUUUCAAUACAAAUAAUAUUGAUAAUAGUAUUGAUACAAUUUCAAACAAUAAUCCACGACAUAAUCAAGAAGAAAUUCGAUCUAAACGUAAUGUUCUUCAACUGUAUUAUAUGAUUAAUUGUGCCACUGGUUGUGAUCCAAUUAUGUAUAAGGGCUAUGGAUGUUUUUGUGGAUUUUUAGGAAGUGGAUAUCCAGUAGAUGGUAUUGACAGAUGCUGUCAACUUCAUGAUCAAUGUUAUACAGACGCAAAUUGUAUAUUUUUUGGUGAAUAUACAACAAAAUACUUUUGGCAAUGUUCAAGAGGUCGACCCAAAUGUGCCUAUGCAAACCUUUCACUAAGUGAUUGUGCAAGACGUUUAUGUGAAUGUGAUGUUUUAUUAUCGAGAUGUUUGCAGCGACAUUAUUGUCCAUCAUAUAGAAAAAUGUGCUGUGCAUCAUUAAAACGACUAUUCCAAAAUAUCAUAUCGAAUGUAAUUUAUUAAAAUACAAAUUUUCGGUGCCAAUUUUAUAUUGAUUCAGUUAUUAGAGAUUUAAAAACAGAUGAAACUUUGUAAAAGAUACACGGAAACUGAUAUUUGAGAAGAUUAUUUAUUUUAAUGAAUUAUCAAAAUGUCUCUAGAGUUUCAUCUAAAACCUUC